GCUACUCCAACCACAAAACCCAUCUCGACUCGGACAAAGCAUCGCAUCCUAUUCCAUCAACCUUGUAGCUUUCCCUCCAUACGUUCGGGCCGACUUAAUCAUCCAUCACCAAAGCCAAAAUGUCAACCGCUGCCCGCCGCCGGCUUAUGCGAGACUUCAAGCGCAUGCAAACCGAUCCUCCUGCUGGUGUUUCCGCCUCUCCCGUACCCGAUAAUGUUAUGACAUGGAACGCCGUGAUUAUCGGACCCGCCGACACGCCCUUCGAGGAUGGCACCUUCCGCCUCGUGAUGCACUUUGAGGAGCAGUAUCCCAAUAAGCCUCCCUCGGUCAAGUUCAUCAGCGAGAUGUUCCACCCUAAUGUUUACGCCACCGGCGAACUCUGUCUCGAUAUUCUACAGAACCGCUGGAGUCCAACGUACGACGUGGCGGCUGUACUUACAAGCAUUCAGAGUCUGCUUAAUGACCCGAACACAGGAUCACCUGCGAACGUCGAAGCCUCCAACCUGUACAAGGACAACCGCAAAGAAUACCACAAGAGAGUCCGGGAAACUGUUGAGAAGAGCUGGGAGGAUUAAAUGGCUGCAGCAUUCAGUACCACAGGGCUCCUCCAUGGCGAAAAGCCAAUAAUAGGCCCGGGUGCUGCAAGUCGGUGUUGAUAUGGCUCACGGGACUGUUCGAGACAGAUCUUUUGGCUAUAUCGACAGUCCGUUGUCGACCGACGACGAGUUACGAGAUGAUCCA